UACCGUAAUAAAACACAACCACUUCCUGAUUCGACACGAGGUGCCGGCGUCUGGCAUUGAGUGUUAGAACUACUUCAAUUUUAAGAGCAACUUCGUAAUCGUAUACUUUUUGCACCCAUUGCUUCGUGGUGACAGCAGCCCGAAUAAGGAAUGCCAAGUGAUUUACGCACUUCCAGAAUAAACAUCAACAUGCGCAGGUGACCAUUUUGUGGGAUGUUCAUUAGUAACUUAAUAUCAGACAAGAUGUUGCGGUUCAAAAAGGCGCUGUGGGGUGUGCCGGAUAUUCGAAAUGGUGCGCUUCUCCCCAUUGUCGUCUGCGCGGCCCUGCUUGGGCAGACGUUCACACCCCAAACUGUUGCACAGCACUCGGACCGAGUGGUCAAAAAGACCAUCAACAUCGAUGCCACCGCGGGUACUGAAGGCUUCACGGAGGACGAAAAGUUCAAAGACAUCUUUGAGCUGACGGAGGAGAACUAUGAGGAGUGGGUGUUGGAGGCCGAUGACCCCUGGAUCAUCUUGUUCACCGACGGCAUGCUGAAGAAAGAGUGGAAGACGCUGGCUGUGUCGUUGCGCGGCAUCGUCUGGUUUGGUAUGGUUCACAGACUGGAGCAAGAAGACCUUCUUGAUGAAAUCGAUUUUGAUGUUCAGAAAAACCCAGCGGCAAGGGUCUACCCCUACGGUGACAGCAAGACAACCAAAUGGACCGAUGUCCAGUCUCCUAAGGAGGCUAAGGAGCUCGCCCUCCGUGGCUUACCAGAUGUCACCACCGAGUUUGACCCUCAGCUUCUUAAAAAUUUCAUCUACGAUUCCUACAUGACAUACCCGUCAAGCUUCCCAGCAAUUUUCUUAACAGAGAAAGAACUGCCUCCAGUUUUUAAAUCCAUCGCCCUGCACUACAAGCGGUACUUCAACUUUGGUGUGUUGCGCGAUCCGGACCCGGCCUACCUGGAGAGUUUGAAGUACGACCUGGGCAUUCCGGGAUUUCUUGUCCUUGUGUCUGACGAGUACAGCGACUCAGACAAAAUGGAGGAAGGGGAGGAGGCCGAUUACACCUUCCAGGGCAUCGGAUAUUCUGUAAAGCGACAGGGUGAGCUCAACUAUCCCAAUCUGCUGAAAUUCCUGUACAGCAUCAACAUGCAGCACAGGCACACCCUGCCGGGGACCAACAUGGCCGAAGUGGAGGACGUGCUGCGGAUGGAGGAGGUCAUGGAAGUCGAAGGUCAAAGGUUUGACGUCCGGUACAUGGACGACCUGGCCAGCAUCCGCGGGCUGGAGCCCGUCAAGCUCGAGACCAACAUCAGUGGGAAGAAAGUGAAAAAGGGGAAGAAAAACAGAAGUGACGAGCUGUAAUUCUCACCCCAGAGGCAAGCUGCCCACAGCGACAUUCCUAGCAGUCCGACAUCUCCGCUGCACUCGCUUUUAUGGUGGACAAAUUACACUGAAAUACAAAUGCCUGAAGUUUUGCACUUGUCCACGGUAUGCAUGGUGUGAACUCGCACAGCUGAAGAGAGAUUUAUUUUUUUGGUUUACCAAGCAAAUUUUUUCAGGAGAAGUUCCUUGGAACAAAGGCACACUUCAGUUUACCCCCCCCCCCAACAUCUUCAUAUCCAACAUAACUUGACUAAUGCCAAGCCAAUGUCAUGUCUGCCUCUCCUGCCUGGCUUGGCUCUGCCUCUGGGACCACACCACCAACACAGGUUUAGGGUAAUUACGGAGGAAUUCCUUGGUGUGGUGCAGGUCAUGCAAGGUGCACGGACACCUUCCUUAGCAUGUAACUCCAGUUACACAUGACCACAGAUGUCAAGCAUUGAGAUCGUCAGAUUUCUGCUAGACAAAUAACCAAGCGUGCGAUAAACAUGAUCAGAUUGUGUCAGGAAUCUUGGAAAACACUAAUGAGCAUUACUGAGGUGUCAGACUGUAACACCGCUGAGCCACUGGCAGACGAAAGGCAAUACUUUUUACAGAUGUUUUAUGACAUUGUGACAACUUCAUCAAGAGCUAUCACGAUCUUUAUUUACAAAGGGGAGAGAAUAUUGUAGCACUUUUUCAUAUUUCUUCAAUAUUGGACCUUUGAGAAGAUGUCUUUCCUUCAGAGAAAAAUUGUUUGACUUCAAAGUUCUUGAGAUUACAGUUCGGAUCUUCAGGGAGCUGUUAAAACUAUGUGACCUGCUCUGCUAAAAUGAGUCUUGUGUCACAGGAGCCACUUUUUUGGUUUUACUUUGUAUCAGAUUGAGGAAUGUGAGCUCCUUUGGAUGUGUCACUCAGUUUGGUUCAAAUGGUGAGAAUUUCUAUUGCUUUAACACUCUUGAGAUUCUUUCAAAUGCCUUUAACGCAAAAAAGGCUCUGGCAACGUGACUCAUUUUUUGCAGAGCAAGUCGAUGGAAUGGCUACUUUAUUAAGACAUGGGCUUCAACACUGUGUAGAAUUAGUCAUUUGCUGUCCUGUCGUCUAAGAUAUUUUUUCAUGCAUGCACACACUGAAUUAUUUUCUGUGGUUAAAGGUCCAUGUUUCAUGCCGUUUAUUGGUCACAACUGUUCCAUUCAGAGCUAGGGGUGUCCAAUCCUUGCUCGUGAAAGGAAAUUCAGAGAGCCUGCAUCGUGUACCACACUGAGACUCAUGAUAGUGUGUUUUCAUCCCUGGUUUUGGUCGAUUAGAGUUCAGUUACAGUCAUGAUUGGCAUUUUCCUCUUGCGGAAGGGUGGACAACUGGAGUACUUGUAAAAAGUUUGACACUUUUUGGUAAAUGGAUCUGUGAAGUCAGUUAAUUUUUGGUCUCACUUUUUCAUGUCAAUGUUUCAACAUAAAUGUAUAGGAUUUUGUAACAUGGAAACAUAUUUCAAAAUAUCAUCUUUCCAAGCCGCCAAACAGUAUACGAUACCUGCACUUUCAAGUGAUUUUGAAUGUUACUUGAAUGGCAUAUGUGUAUAUUUUGCAAGUUUCCUCAUCUUUCAACUUUUUAACAUCUACUGGGUGGAUUUGUUUUCAUUUGUAUUUUUACUGGUGGACUGAUAUCGUUUUGUUUGUCACACAGAACUUCUUUGACUGGUGAAAAUAGAGAUCUUUGAGAAUCCACUUUGAAUAAUUUGAAGUAUUGUGCAUUGCAUUGCUGAACACGGCAAAAACAUUAAAAAAAUGUAUUACACAGAUAUAUAAACACAAACAAACAUUUUUUAAUUACAAUUAGAAACUGGAAAUAUAGUUUUUACACGUAUGCUCAAGUUCAACCUACGAGCAAUGUUUUUGUGAAUAACUGCCCACUGGUGUAUUUAAGCUUCUAAAAAAUUACAUUGACCAAUGUAACAUUAUACAGUUGAAUGCUACUUUGGAAUUUUUUCACAGCCCAAACAAUAUGUAAGAUUUUGCAAGAAAAUUGAAUCUUUGUGAAGGGACCUUCUUGAAAAUAAAUGAGCAUAAAAACGCAGAUAAAGCAUGACUUGGUUUCUUUUCCUUAUGAGGGUACUGAGCACUU